GUCACGUGACGUGCAGUGCGUUUCAUAAAUAUGAGCCGCCAGCACGAACCAGCAUCCAGGAUGAGUGUGUUGACUGGUGAACUGAACCGGUGUCGUUAAAAAGUUUCCGUGUUAGUCAUGGUUUUCUCGGUGGCUUGGUUGGCCGCAGUGCUCACGGGGAUCUUGUCGGUGCACGUCGCCCAGCGCCUGUGGUUCCCGUUGUUCUGGAAGGACUUCUUCUUCUUACUGAGAGUCAUCCAGUUCGGACUUCGUCUGGAGUUCUACAGGAGGAGAUCAAAAGUGGUGACUGUGGUGGACCGUUUCGUGCAACAGGCGCAGCGGAUCCCGGACAAGCCCUUGCUGAUCUAUGAAGGUUGCGCGUUCACGUACCGGGAGAUUGACGCGCGGAGUAACCGUGUGGCGCGCGCGCUGCAGCGGCACAGCUCCUUGAAGAAAGGCGACAUUGUAGCGCUGCUCAUGAACAACGAGCCCGACUUCCUGUGCGUGUGGUUCGGGCUCAACAAACUGGGCUGCGCAGUGGCCUUUCUCAACACGAACAUCAAAUCCAGGUCUCUGUUACACUGUUUCAACUCAUGCGGGGCCAAACUGCUGGUGGUUGGGGCGGACCUGUUGGACACCUUGGAGGACGUCCUGCCUAAUCUGCAGGAGGACAAUAUUUCAGUGUGGACAAUGAAGCAGGAUGUCUUCCAUCCAGGGGUCCACUGCCUGUUGGACAAACUAGAGGAGGUGUCAUGUGAGCCAUUGCCUGCUGAGCUCAGAUCAGCCACCUCUCUUAAAGCUGCCACACUUUAUAUCUUCACUUCAGGGACCACAGGGUUACCCAAGGCUGCUGUGAUCUCUCACCUCCAGUCUCUCAAGGGCUCAGGUGGGUUCUGGGCAUUCGGUGGCACUGCAGAGGAUGUGAUUUACACACCGCUACCUCUCUACCACAGCGCAGCUUCUCUCGUAGGCAUUGGCGGCACUAUAGAACUGGGUGCAACUUGUGUUUUGAAGAAGAAAUUUUCCGCCUCACAAUUUUGGAACGAUUGCCGAAAGUACAACGUUACCAUCUUCCAGUACAUCGGGGAGCUGUGCCGCUAUCUGUGCAAUCAACCCAAGGCAGAGAAUGAUAAGAAUCAUAAAGUGAAAAUGGGUGUCGGAAACGGCCUUCUCCAGGAUGUCUGGAAAGAAUUCCACAGUCGUUUUGGAGAGAUCCGGAUGUGUGAGAUAUAUGGCUCCACCGAGGGGAACCUCUGCUUCUUGAACCAUACUGGCAGGAUUGGAGCAGUCGGUCGUUCCAACUUCAUCUACAAGCUCCUGUUUCAGUAUGACUUGGUGAAAUACAACCUGGUAAAAGGUGAACCUGUGAGAGAUGAACAGGGUUUCUGUCAGCGGGUUAAGAAAGGUGAGAUGGGAUUGCUGUUGUCCAAAAUCAAUUAUCAAAGUCCAUUCUUUGGCUAUGCUGGGAGCAAACAGCUAACUGAGAAAAAGCUCAUGAGGGAUGUGUUUAAGAAAGGAGACAUCUAUUUCAAUACCGGAGACCUGAUGGCUGAGAACCAGAACGAUUUCAUCAGCUUUAAGGACCGAGUGGGUGACACUUUCAGAUGGAAGGGUGAAAACGUCGCCACCACUGAGGUGACGGAGUUUCUUGGACUGAUGGACUUUAUUCAGGAAGUCAGUGUGUAUGGAGUGGAGGUUCCAGGCCACGAGGGUCGAGCUGGCAUGGCUUCAUUGAUCAUUAGGCCUGGCUGUGUGUUUGAUGGGAAGAAGCUGUUUGAGAACGUCAUGGACAAUCUACCAGCCUAUGCUCGCCCUCUCUUCAUCAGAAUACAGGAGUCUAUGGAGAUGACUGGCACGUUCAAGCAGCAGAAGUUCAGUCUAGUGAAGAGCGGCUUCAACCCUGCCACCAUCUCUGACCCGCUCUACUACUUAGACUAUAAAGAGAAAUGCUACAUUCCCCUCACAAACUCCAUUUAUGACAGCAUAGCAUCGGGCCUGCGAAGGCUCUAGACCAUAAUUGGCUAAAGGCUCUGUUAUACUGACAAACCAAUUGGACAAAGGAAGAUCUUGAAUGCACCCAAUUCUUUUGUACUGUUGUAUUUGAUUGGACCAUGUUGAAUAAUGGAUUACUUCCUAUUUUGUGAACAUCUCACAGAGACAGUAUCAGUUAAUAAUGAAUUAGAGGGUUUUAAUGACUUGAGUGACCUUUUGCGGAAAGCAAGGAGACUGAUUGCUGCAACGGAGCUGAAUGAGACGCCGGAUUCUCACCAGUGCCCACCUGGUAUCGGGUUCUGGUGCCUCCUCAGUCUGUCUGGAACAGUUUAAAAGGCCAGGUGACUCUUAUCCCUAAUAAUACCACUACGUCACCCUUCACCAUCAUCUCCUUGACUCUCUCUGCUCACCUGCGUUCCUCUGCUGUGAGGAAUGUCAGUGGAGAUCAAUACAGGAAAUGAACACAACUGCUGCCAUCACCAUGAAAUUGAAUUUCGCUUUAGAUGUAAAGCAUUGCUAUAUUUAAAACUGCAGUCUGUAAUUACAUACCGCUCGAGAUUGAUACGGAAAAAUGUUUGUCUUUGGAAAUGCUUCCUUUCAGAUGCAGCAAGAGCCAAGAUCAUGAGCAGUCAUAUAGAUUUUUUUUUUAUUCCAUCUUUUGCAGUGAUAUUUCAUCUCAUCUCAUCUCAUUAUCUCUAGCCGCUUUUAUAAUUAUUAUAUAUUUUUUUUAACUGGUCAUCGAGAGUUCUGUUUGUGAAAAUUUUUAGGCCAACAUGUUCUUAAUGCUUCUUACAGUUGUCAUGCAAAUGUUCAAUUUACACACAUCAUAAUAUCAUGACUACUGACAGGUAAAGUGAAUUACAUUGAUUGUGUUGUUACUGUACAGUGGUUCCUGUCAAGGGGUGAGAUAUA